UAACCACAGACUGUAUUGAAUUAUAUUAUAUACUGUUUUUGAUUUUUAGCAACAUAAUCUUAAAACGCUAAAAAAAAAUAUAAUGCAGUUCUUGGGACUUCGGCUUGUUUUAUAAGUGAAACAUAAAAAGAAAACCACGGGACUAUCCAUCAAGACACAUUCAGAUUCAGACGUGCAGAGUCAACCAGACCAAGAUGGAUUUCUUCUUUGAGGACCUCACUUUACCGUCCACAUCCCAGUCCACUCCCAAGAGCGGGCGUGAAGAUACACAAAUGACAGAAGACACAGAGCAUGACUCAUCAGUGGGGAAGUCCUCAAACAUGAGCAUGGCUGAGAGUCAAGAGGAUCAUACCAGCUCAAGCAUAGAUUACAUCAGCAGAAGAGUGCAGGAACUGCUAGAAAAGAUUAACGGCAGCCGCACCAGUGACCAGAAAAUCAUGGACAGCUUUCAGGAAAAGUUAACGGAGAAGGUGUCAGAGACGUGCCGGCAGAUGAAGGAGCACAUGUUCACAGUCUAUGAGGAGAACGGUAAUGAGAUGCAGGUUAAGCUGCAGGAGCUGACUGAGGUGCUGGAGAGCUGCACCAAGCUCAACAAUGAGCUCCUGGAGGCCAGCCAGGCUCUGACUAGUCUCAGAGAGGGUCUGACCAUUAGCCAGACAUCAGAAUCCCUGUAAACUAGUGGUUGUUCUGAAUAGGUUCAUGUGUUCUUGUGUUUAUUAUUAUAAUGAGCGUUCAGAAUAGUUCACUUUGUCUGCCAAAAUGCUGCCAUGGGUAACAUUACUCAUUCUGGUUUCCUCUUUCCUCUUCAUUCUUCCUUUUUCCAAGAAUACUCAGUUGUCUGUGUCUCUGUAGUUCAGGUUACAGCUCACAAUUGCAGUCAAAGAAUACAAAAAAAAAUAAGCUGAAUCCAUGUUUUAUUUAUGUUCAGUUUCAGUAUCUGUUGAGUCAAUAAAUAAAACUACAAAUAACAAAGAAUAAACCAAA